AUAACAAAUAGAAGUUUCUUUCUUUAUUAAUAAUUGUGUUUUUAUUGCUGUGGGUGCAGCUGUGAGCUGAGUGUGUGUGGAGCAGAUAAAGUGAGCUGCAGUCAGAGAUCUUAUCUUUAUGUGUUUAGUGUCAGGAGCACAUCUGCAGCAGGAAGGUUCCCAGGUAAUAAAAGAGAGAGAGAGAGAGAGUGUGUCUAUUGUUGCCUCAGAGUGUGGGAAAGCUAAUGUUGCCUGGGCCUCAUGGCUUUGUGAUGCUAAUGUGUUCCUAUAAAUAGAGGAGGGGGCUCACUGUGCUCUCCACAGAAGCUCCUCUCUGCUCCUCCAUGGCUCCCUGCUCGUCCACACACUCUGCACUCUCCCUGCACUCCUCCAAAGACAGACACAAAAUGAGGAAACCUGUGGUGGAGAAGAUGCGCAGAGAUCGCAUCAACAGCUGCAUCGAGCAGCUCAAGGUGCUGCUGGAGAAGGAGUUCCACAAACAAGAUCCCAACGCCAAGCUGGAGAAGGCCGACGUGCUGGAGAUGACCGUGGCGUUCCUGAAGCAGCAGCUGCAGCCUCAGAGCCCGCAGAGCCACGGCUACUCCCGCUGCUGGAAGGAGACGCUCGCCUUCCUGUCCAAAGACUCCCUGAAGGACGCCACGCUGCCUCACCUCGUCCACAGAGACGGCCGGGACAUCAGCUCCUCCCACGGACACAUCCAGGCUGCAGAGAAGCAGCUGACAGGCCCGCACGGCGCCGUGUGGAGGCCAUGGUAGAAGAAGAAGAAGAAGAAGAAGAAGAAGAAGAAGAAGAAGAAGAAGAAGAAGAAGAAGAAGAAGAAGAAGAAGAAGGACUUUCUUCAUCAUUUAUCUGACGGACAUUUUCACCUUCUUUAUUUUGAAAAGAAAGAGGAAGUGACAUCAUGUUUCUUCAUAUUGAAGUUUCAGUGUGUGUGCUCUGUUGAUGCACCGUGAUGUGUGUCAGG